AUGCACAACGGCCGUGGACGCCGAAAGAACGGCAGCGUCAAGGCCAGCAAGGGUAGUCAGCGUGCCACAAUCGUCCCUCCCGUAUCCCAGCAAUCUCUUCCGGCCCGUUCUAAAACCUCCUCCGCCAGCGAUGACAGCCUAGACAGCUCCGACGCUGCCUCCGUGACCUUAUCCACCUGCACCACCACAACCUCCUCCAGCAGUUCUCCCUCCAAACCCGUCGCCAACGGCGUGCACUCGACCUCCGAGAAGAACAUGGCUAGGAAAACUUCGUCGCCCAUGGCGCCCCCCUUCAUGGUGUCCGCGCCGGGCAAAGUCAUCGUCUUUGGUGAGCAUGCCGUCGUGCACGGCAAGGCCGCCAUGGCCGCUGCCAUCUCCCUCCGAUCUUACCUCCUCGUCACAACCCUCUCCAAGUCGCAGCGCACAAUUACCUUGAAUUUCAGAGACACGGGCCUGGACCAUACCUGGAACAUCGAUGACCUGCCAUGGGACGUCUUCCACCAUCCCUCCAAAAAGAAGUACUACUACGACUUGGUCACUUCCCUAGACAACGAACUGCUCGACGCGAUCCAGCCCCAUGUUGAUGACGUCUCCCCAAAUCUUCCGGAGGAGCAGCGCAAAGUACACCGACGCUCUGCUCUGGCCUUCCUGUACCUUUUCUGCUCCUUGGGGUCCCCACAGCAUCCAGGGGCCAUCUACACCCUUCGGUCCACGAUCCCCAUCGGCGCUGGUUUGGGUAGCAGCGCAAGUGUUUGUGUCUGCAUAAGUGCUGCGCUGCUUCUCCAAAUCCGGACUCUGGCCGGACCUCAUCCGGAUCAACCCCCCGACGAGGCGGAAACUCAGAUCGAGCGGAUCAACCGCUGGGCGUUUGUGGGAGAGUUAUGUACCCACGGGAACCCCAGUGGCGUGGACAACACGGUUUCCGCAGGUGGCAAGGCCGUGAUCUUCAGACGCGAGGAUUACUCAAAGCCCCCCUCCGUUUUCUCGGUCCCCAACUUCCCCGAAUUGCCUCUACUCCUGGUGGAUACGCGACAAGCACGUUCCACGGCAACCGAAGUCGCCAAGGUCGGAAAAUUGAAGAAGGAACACCCCUUGGUGACGGAUUCUAUCCUGGAUGCGAUCGAUAAGGUCACCGCCUCAGCGGAAGAGCUCAUCCGCGGCUGCGAUUCAAAGGGGGUUUCCAAAGAGACGCUCGAGCACCUGGGAACGCUGAUUCGUGUCAACCAUGGGUUCCUUGUCUCGCUUGGGGUCUCUCACCCGAGGCUGGAACGAAUUCGUGAAUUGGUCGACUUCGCCGACAUUGGCUGGACGAAGUUGACCGGUGCGGGUGGUGGGGGAUGCGCGAUUACACUCCUGCGUCCGGAUGCCGACGAGAACGCCGUUCGAGAUCUUGAGGGCAGACUCUCCACCGAAGGGUUCGUGAAAUACGAAACCACACUGGGAGGGGGUGGCGUGGGUGUUUUGUGGCCUGCAGUGCUUCGCAAUGGAACCGACGAAGAAGGCGGCGAGGAGAUUGAUCAGCAGAAGUUCGAAAUGGCAGACGGCCCGGAAGGCAUCGAACAGCUCGUGGGCGUGGGAACGCAGGAAAAGCGAGAUGGUUGGAAGUUCUGGAGACGCGCCAUGCACUGA